AUGUUUACCUGUAAGAAGAGGCUAAACACUGUGGUGCAAGGCGCAUCCCUCAUUUCGCUUCAUUUGGUUCUCAUCACAGCCUACCUUGCAGAAGCCGUCUUCGGACCCCCCAACGCCGCGGCGGAUCCGCCGACCAUGGUGCAGCCCUCUGAGGUCGAAUUUCUCAACGUGCUGAAAAAGGACGAAAAUGACCGCGUCAUGGUGUACAAGGUCAAAAUAGGCCACCGGCUGUGUAUCAUGAAAGUGUUCCGAGGCCAAGGCGACUGUCCAUCAUUCAGCCCUGAUGUCGAGCCUCGCUUGUUUCUGCGAGAAUCCAGAGCGUACCGACUUCUCAAAGACAAGGGAUUCUGUGAAAGAGGAGUCGUUCCCGAUUUCUAUGGAACAAUAGAGAAUAUCGAUGUUGCGCUCUGGCCUGACCUAUCCCACUUGAAAGCCGACGUGUUUCCGCCUGAUGCUGUCCUUCUCGAAUAUAUUCCAAAUCUACAAAGAAUCGGACCUGAAAACUUCUUAGACGAUAACAUUAAGCGGCUUUCUCAAACUCUACAAGAGUUUCACGAAAUGGGCCUCCUCCAUGGUGACACCUUUCCUCGAAAUAUGAUGGUUGUUCGGCAGCAGCCCCGUGAUAGAGUCCUCUGGAUCGACUUUGACUGUGCGCAGAUUGUACAACGAGGGAAAUGCGAAGAGUGGACCGAGAAGUCGUUUUCCUUUGAAGGAGAAAUGAUGGCCGAAUUUGCAGAGUUCCUAGCUGAAGACGCUAAAACCGGGGAAAUAAACAAAACAUGGCUUUACUACUAUGACUAG